CAUGGGGGAGGGAGGGCUGCCGUGCAGCAGGACCUGUGCAGACACACACACACACGGGGAUCCAGGGACAGCAGCCCCUUGCACUGGGAUCUAGAGCCACAGCGCGACAGAGAGUUGAAGGAAGCACUCAUCUGACAUCACAAAAUGGCAGACAAAAUUAAAGAUGCCAAGAUCAUCUUUGUUGUGGGUGGGCCUGGCUCCGGAAAGGGCACCCAGUGUGAGAAGGUGGUUGCAAAGUAUGGCUACACCCACCUGUCAUCUGGGGAUCUGCUCCGUGCUGAGGUGGCUUCUGGUUCUGAGAGGGGCAAGAAGCUCCAGGCCAUCAUGCAGAAGGGAGAGCUUGUGCCCCUGGACACAGUCUUAGACAUGAUUAAGGACGCCAUGAUCGCCAAGGCUGAUGUCUCCAAGGGCUUCCUUAUUGAUGGCUACCCCCGUGAGGUGAAGCAGGGCGAGGAGUUUGAGAAGAAGAUCGGCAAACCAUGCCUGCUGCUGUACAUUGAUGCAAAGGCAGAGACCAUGGUCAAGAGGCUUUUGAAGCGUGGUGAGACCAGCGGCCGUUCUGACGAUAAUGAGGAGACCAUCAAGAAGCGUCUGGAUUUGUAUUACAAGGCCACUGAGCCGGUCAUCGCCUUUUAUGAGGGCCGUGGGAUUGUGAGGAAGAUUGACUCUGAGCUGCCAGUGGAUGAAGUCUUCAGCCAAGUGUCCAAGGCCAUUGAUGCGCUGAAGUAAAACAACAGAACUAGAUGAGCCGUGUCUGGUUUUUGCGGGUUUAUAUUUUUAUUUUUCUCAGCGUCAAUUUCAUGAGGACUAAACAUGAACAAAAACAUGUUCCCACACAGUUUGGUUAAAAAACAAACAAACUGAAGGCCAGUAAGGAUCAAAGAUGCCUUAACUCCACUUCUAAUCCAGCAAUAAGAAUCUACAGUUUUAAACUCACACAACAAUUAAUCCGUUUAAGGCAGCACCUAGAAAAUCCAUUUGUUUCUCCAUACAAGUCUUGCCUCCAUUCUAUGCCUAAUAUGUAUCCACGUUGCAUCUCAAAAGGCAAAAUAUACAGGAGGUGUCAGCCGUCUUCUAACCUUUAAGACACCAUGCUCACUCUGGGGCAAACUUGCACUUUACAUUAUCUUUUUUUCCCCUCUUUAACCCUGUCAUAUAUAGAGUCCAGAAAUCAUGGAACAAAGGUUUAGACUGCUUUGUGACUGUGCCGUUGAAGAAUGGCAGAGAUGAUCCGCUGUGGACAACUUUCGUUUCCAUUAAUCCAUUUAUAACAGAAACCUUCUAGUUUUUCAUCAAGAUGUACACAUUUAACAUGGGUGUCUAUAAAGUGGUAUAUGUGAGAAAAAGAAAAACAGAAGGAAGAAAUUAAAGUUUAAAAAAAAAAACAAAAUUUGUAAUUAAUUUAUUAGUGGUGACUGUGUCUGAAUAUUUAAAA